CUUUUUUAAGAUGAUCUCUUGAUAAUUGACACAGCCACUCAAUUUUUGUGGUCUUCUUGUUUUCUUCUCAUAUCUUCGCCUACCAUAAGAGUUUCGCCAGCUUCGUGCUUCAGCACCUACCAGCCAUGGCGCUCUCGCCCUUUGGCUCUCGUUCGCCUUCUAUGAUAGUACAUUCGCCGAAUACAGCCAUCAGACUGAGAGCAACUGCUGCACAAAACUCUGCUGGUGGUACAGUUGCUUCUGCAAAGGCUCUUCAGAAUGAAGAUCGAGAGCUUACCGAGCAACUGAAUAUCGAUGUGCGAGAGAGAUACGUCAAAGAUAAGAAGCUAGGCGAAGGUACCUAUGCGGUUGUAUAUCUCGGCCACCUCCGACACGAUACCUCGUCCUUCGUUGCGAUCAAGAAAAUCAAAGUCAAUGCGGAAUACAAAGAUGGACUCACCAUGGACGCAAUCCGCGAAGUGAAAUAUCUUCAGGAGUUGGCCCAUCCUAAUGUCAUCGCACUUCACGAUGUAUUUUCCUCCAAAGACCAGAACCUCAACUUGGUUCUUGAAUUCCUUCCCGGUGGAGACCUGGAGAUGCUCAUCAAGGACACGGACAUUCACUACGGUGCAGCUGAUAUCAAAGCGUGGAUGGGAAUGCUUGCUCGAGGUGUUUGGUUCUGUCAUGAGAACUUUGUUCUUCACCGCGAUAUCAAGCCUAACAACUUGUUGAUCGCGGCGGACGGAGAGGUCAAACUGGCUGAUUUUGGUCUGGCUCGAUCCUUUGCUGAUCCCUAUCUCAACAUGACCCAUCAAGUCAUCACUCGCUGGUACCGGCCUCCUGAAUUGCUCUACGGUGCUCGCCAAUACUCCGGCGCAGUGGACGUGUGGUCAAUGGGCAUGGUCUUUGCCGAGCUCCUGCUCCGUGUUCCCUUUGUGGCCGGCAACACGGACUUGGAUCAGAUUUCUAAAAUCUGCGAAGCCUUUGGCACGCCGACGGAAGAUAACUGGCCUGGAGUUACGAAGCUUCCCAACUACAUUAUCACGGACAACGCGCAACAAAUACCCUUGUCAGGACGUGACUUCUUUAUGCGACAGUUUCCCACCGCUGGACCGGUGGGUGCGGAUCUGCUGAUGUCGAUGUGCGUCCUCGACCCACGCAAACGCAGCACAGCGGUGCAGGUGCUUCGAAACGACUGGUGGACCAUUGACCCCCGACCAACCAGCAAUGAAGAUCUCCCCGGAAGUCCGGUGGAACCAAAAAGAUGGGAGAUGAUUUGACACGGCGUGGUGGGGAACUGGACGAAGGGCUCUUUAAGAGCGCUGCCCGGCAACUGGAUUUCGGCGCAAUGAAAUAACGAAAACAUGAAAGAAAACAACAAAUAAAUAGAAGGCUACAUAAUGGAAUUAUUCGUUGCCACCUCAGCCGAGACACUAUGCAUGGUAUAUCUGCAGCCACUAUUGGAUGAUAGCGGAGGGCCUACUGUACAUGUACAUGUACAUGCAGUUGGAAGUGAUAGUCCCAAUGACAAGUGGAGAGGGACAGAGAGGAUGUCAACGCUCAGAUCCAUUACCCACGAUCAUCUACCUGUCAUGUUGCACUGUCCAAUAGAUCCAAAGUCUCUGCAGGCCCUAAAGACUGUAUGCCUCCUCGGAACGGAUAUUGGCACCCUUGCAUGAGGGUUGGAUCUAUUAGAGGAACCCUCACUUUAGCGCAUUCUUAUCCCACGAGAGAUUGCCGAUCCUCGUAUUCCAGAAGCAAAUGCUGUUACAGUAUAAGUUAAGUUGAUU